AACCACGCGCCAAUUGAACGGCACAGCCAUGCUACGACCGGCUGCCUCGCCCUGGGCUUCCUUGUACCAUACCCGGCCUGUUGCUGUACGGCGGAUACCAAUUGCUGCGCGAUGCAUCAACAUAUCCACCACAAAUUCGUCUGCUGAGCCGGCGCUGCAGCAGGCUGUGAAUGUUGAGGGCACGGCCACGCCUAUGCAUACUCCAGACGCCCGCUUCGACGUCAUCGGCACACCCUUUUCACUCCUCUCCGUCUCCCUGUCCGCUUCACAAACGCUCUACACCCGCCGCGGAACUCUGGUUGGCCUCAGCGGGAAAUCAGAAAACACACUAUCCACACUCUCGUUCCUUGAGCCCUUCCGAAGAGCACCAGUCGGUAUCCCCUUUCUCUACCAGAAAGUGUCGUCCACCAGCCCCGUCACAGCCCUCAUAUCGACUAAAUCACCCAUAUCAAGUAUAGUCUCGGUCAACUUGGACGGAAGAGAUGACUGGAUUGUUAGCCAAAGAAAUGCUUUGCUCGCGUGGACGGGCCACACGUUGAGCCUCAAGCCCCAGUACAAUGUGAAGCUGGGCCUGGCCAAUUGGGGCAACACAUACAUCACUGGUCGAGGGCUGCUAGCACUUGCUGGCAGUGGGCAGAUAUAUCAGGUGCAAGUCAAGGCUGGCGAGACCUACGUCGCCCAUCCAAGCAAUGUGGUCGCAUACACGGCCUCCAACACACCACCGAUUCCUUUCCGCUUCAAGUCUUCCAAUAUCCGCUUCCAGGUCCCACAUCUCGGUCUCGGUUCGUUGAUUGAGAGCAGCAGAUUCUUUAGGACCAUGAGCCAGACGGCGACAUGGCGGACCCUAGCCACGGCGUUCCACACUCUCAAGACAUGGCUGCGGAGGACAGUAUGGGGUGACAGGCUCUUCCUGCGAUUCCAAGGCCCAGCCACCAUGCUCCUCCAGUCACGGGCUUCACGCAUCAGCGACGUUCUCACCCUGAGGGACGUGGACGAGAUUGCUGAUAGUCCGCCAGGCGCGGUUCUGGACGCUGUUGAGAGGAAAAUCAAGGACGAGAUCAAGUCGAUUGGAGAGGGCACAAAGGCACCUAUACCCAACACAGAUGCCUCGGGCACUAUCAGGUAUGCCACCAUUAAGGAGGGCAAGGCCGAGUUUGAGAAACCGGCGGUUAAGUAGCUAGCAAGUGAAAAGCCUUGAGUUUAGCUUUCAAUAUAAAGUUAACAUGGUUGGCAAGCGAGUCGGCCACCCCACCAA